UGGCCAGAUCACUUCAAAAACCUACAGCGUGUUUACCAAGCCUUGAAUACUAUAUUCACAUUCUGCUCAGCUCGUAAGCAUCUUCAUACGACCAUUGAAAAUAUGAGGUCUAGCGUCGAGAGCCUGUUGAAAGCUCCACUUUCCCUUGAAUCUGUUGCUCAGAUCAAGACUUUACUUCCCACAGUCAUCCGAUUUGUUUAUGUUGAAACGGAGGCCUUAAGCUCUCUUGCCGCAUUAUCAGAGAAGAAAAAUAAUGUCAAAAAAGGUUUCGAGAUAUAUAGUUUACCUGAUCAACAGACCUCAUCAAAAGAUCCUGUGUCUGAACCGAAAAAUCAACAUGAAGCUCUCUUAUUUCAGUUUCUUGACGGAGAGCUCAAGAAUCCUCAAAAAUCUAAUCUGUUGGACACUUCUCAAGGCAUUUCGCGCACUGCACGUGGCAAAAAAGGCCCUUCAUCACCUCCCUCUCUCACAGAGUUGUUGAUGCCAACCUACUCCCCCAAAGUCAUGACAAAGAUGAUUGAAAAACGUAAUUCGAAAUUCAAGGAUGCUGUCGAUGAACUUCUCUCUGCCUGCGCUGCUCAUGAGCCACCGGUAGACCCAGUGGAUCUUCUCAUCCAAUCUUCUUUAGAUAACAUGCCCUCCCCCUCAAGUGCUCCACGAGAUCAGAAAAUCAUUCAAGAUAACAAACAGCGUCUUCAGUCAUACCUGGAUCAUCCUGAAACUCGACCUAGCAUCCAAGCCUUGUUAUCUGAUUUGCAACAAGACGUUCAGUAUCGUGAUCAGAUUGUCCCAACCGGACAGCGUACUACACCCUCUCGAACGGCUGCUUUUGGAGAACUGGAGCAGUGUCUCUCCCCUACCCUCGAGCAAGCUUUGUUUGCGACCAAGCAAAUCCGAUCAUUAUUCUCACAUCAAGCCGAAGCAAUCAAUCAUCUUUCUGCUGGAGAACACGUGAUCGUCAGCACCAGUACUUCCAGUGGAAAGUCAAUUGUAUAUCAAAUCCCGAUGUUACAAGCUUUAGAAAAAGACCCGAGCUCAUGUGGCCUUUACAUCUUUCCCACGAAAGCAUUAGCCCAAGAUCAAAAACGUACACUGAGUGAUUUAAUCUUUCAAUGUGGUGAAGACUUCGCAAAAACUAAACUGGCCACCUUUGAUGGAGACACACCUCGAGAGGAUCGUCUGGGAAUUAGAGAAACGGCCAACAUCAUCUUCACCAAUCCAGAUAUGCUUCAUCUUACUAUCCUACCUCAUGAACAACUUUGGAGACGACUAUUUCAGAAUCUUAAACUUGUGGUAGUUGAUGAAUUGCAUAUCUACUCAGGUUUAUUUGGCGUUCAUAUGUCUUUUUUGAUGCGUAGACUUCGAAGAAUCUGUGAGGCAGUAGGCAAUCCAUCUGUACAAUUUGUUAGUUGUUCAGCUACAAUUCACAAUCCGGUUGAACAUAUGAAAACUGUCUUUAGUUUAUCAGAUGUUCAACUUGUCUCUCAAGAUGGUUCACCAAGUGGUUCAAAACAUCAUGUGAUUUGGAAUCCACCCUUAUUAGAUGAAAAAGAUCCGAGUCAAGGUCGAAUCAGUUCGAUUUCUGAAGCUUCUAGAAUAUUUCGAUUCCUGAUCGGAAACGGAAUUCGUACAAUUGUGUUUUGUAAGAUUCGUAAAUCUUGUGAAUUGAUGAUUAGACAAGUACGAGAAGAACUUCAACGUGAAGGUCGAGAGGAUCUCAGCUCACGUGUCAAAUCUUACCGGUCAGGUUACACUUCACAAGAACGUCGGGUAAUUGAACAAGAGAUGUUUAGUGGUGAACUGUUAGGCAUCGUGGCGACCACUGCGCUGGAAUUGGGCAUUGAUAUUGGAAUGCUAGAUGCAGUCCUUACAGUUGGAUUUCCCCACAGCUUAUCAGGAUUUCGACAACAAGCUGGAAGAGCCGGUCGUAGGAAUAAGGAGUCUUUGGCAAUGUUAAUCUUAGACCGAGGCCCAUCGAAUCAACAUUUUGCUGAACAUCCUGAAGAUCUAUUCGACGCACCUCAUAGCGAGAUACGUCUGGAUCUUGAUAACGAAGUCAUUGUAGCUGGACACCUUCAAUGCGCAGCUCACGAGAUUCCGAUCCAUCCAAAAGACGAUGAAGUUUACUUUGGACCUCAUCUACCAACUUUAUGCCAAUCGAGCCUCAUCGAAGAUAAACAUGGAUAUUUUCACUCACAUCCACGCUUUCAACCAAGCCCAGCUCAACAUGUCUCUAUUCGCAAAAAUGAAGAGAUAUCUUACUCGAUUGUAGAUGUGAGUAAAGCCGAGGAACCUAAGAUAUUAGAAGAAAUUGAAUCAUCUAGAGUGAUGUAUGAGUGUUAUGAAGGUGCUAUUUUCAUCCAUCAAGGUCGUACAUUUCAAGUCAUCAGUGUCAAUCAUGCUGGUGAGAUUUGUAAGCUACGAGAAGUUGAUGUAGAUUAUAUGACUCGACCUCGAGAACUUAACGAACUUGAUCCGAUGAGAACCAUGAGAAUCAAAGCGGUCUCAAAUUAUUCUAGCUUUGCUUGCUACGGUACAAUCAAACUUACUUCGACGAUAUACGGAUAUCUCAAGCUAGAUCGGCGACAGAAUGUUUUAGACAGUUAUGAACUCAAGACUGAUCCUUUAAUCCAAAAUUCAAAAGGUUUAUGGAUCGACUUACCUUCAAUAGCGAUCAUCACUCUACGAAAAUAUUCAAUUCAUUUACCCACUGCAAUCCAUGCUGCUGAACACGCAUUGUUGAACCUU